GUUAUCAGUCCUUUAUGUGAUACUAUUUCGGUUUAAAAUUGUUUAGUGCCUUAGGCUAGUUAGAUACACAAUUUUGAAUUUAAUAUCCCAUGCGUCACAAAUAAGUACAUAUAUGAAUACUGAAAGUGUAAUGUAGCGACAUGUUUUUUUUCGAUUUUUAUGAAUACUCUUUCAAAAGUGAUUUAUACAUUCCAUAUUGUUAAAUAGCUCGGAGUGAUUGAUCAACAAAAGUAAAACCGUCUUAUAUGGUGUACGUUUUAUUUAAUAUUUAAAAUUGUCUUCAAAAGAACAUAGAAAUGGAUUAUAAUGAAGUUAAAGUAAAUUUAAGAAAAUUUGCUUUCCCCCUUUCCACUGAAAAUGCAUUAAAUCAAAUACAAUCUAUAAUUAACGGUGAAACAUCACGUAAGCAACACUUAAAUGAAGACCUUGCUAUGGAUUUAAUAUCAGAGUUCAUAUUUUGUGAAACUAAUGAAGAAGGAAAAUCUACUAAGCCAAUGUCUCGUAUUAGACAUUUAGAAUUGUUAGUAAUGAUUUGUGAUUACUUUAAUAAAACGAAAAUUAAACAAGAUAAUGACAAUUGUUGUGGAGAUACUGCUCUAAAUGCCAUUUUCAUGACCUUAUUUCCUCAGUUUGGUGCACCUCCUCAGCGAACUAAUAUGUUAGUGAGCCUGGUGUCAUUAGCUAUAUCUACCUACAGUAACCUUAUACUACAAUCUGCUGGUGUACAGAUGCAACAAUUAGGCUGUUCAUCUAAAUACAGCUUACAAUUGGCUGAUGGGUUAGUCAAUAAAUUCUUUACAUUUAUAGGUACUCAAAGUACAUCAUUGCAUUUACUUCCUCAAAAUGCUCCUUUAUUCACAGCCAAUCUGAUGACUGCACUAUCAGAACUGUAUUUCAAUCCAAAAACAACCGAUACAACUAUGAGUAUUGUACUACCCCCUCGUAUUGUAUUAGAAACUGUUGUACGGUGGAUCAAUUCUGAUCCAUGUUUAUGUUUCACUGCACAUUACACAGAUUUACAACGUGCUUUACCAAGUGGUGCAAUUCCAAUGGUAGCCACUCUACCUUUUCUGGGUCUAUUCAGAUGGUGUUUUUUUGCUCCACUGUGUGUGAAAAACAGUGAAGACUUGGCUAUUUAUUCUGAACUACAUUGUGCUUUAAUUGAGAGUGUUAUGCAAGGCUGGAAAGUAUAUUCAGAAGAAAAUCCAAGAAUCAGUCGACCAUAUACUUUAAGUGUACAUUCUGUUUUGCUUCCACAACUGAAAGCUCUUAUUGAAGAAACUAUGAAAUCAAAUGAUCCAGCUUCCAUGUAUUCUGUUGAAAUAGUGGUGGAAAGAUUAGCUCAAAGUAUUCAUGCAGCUAUAAUAUCUGAUACUAUUUUUGGAAACAAACAAGAUUUGGUUAAUCAAUUAGAAACACUUCCGGCUAAUAAUGUUUUAAAAUCACUUAUUAAACGCAUACAAGUAUAAAUAUAAAGAUUGUAUUACUUAUCAUCAUUAGCUGCAAAAAUUCUGUUAAUUUAAGAUAAAUAUUUAUGUAUUUUUUUUUCUAAUUUAAAAUUUGAUUUUAAAAGAAAAUGUAUUCCAUGUACAAAUUAU